CAGCGGGAGCCCCCUUGGCAGAGGCUGGUUGUAAAGGAUCAUAAAGCGGGUGGUGCCGCCCUGGGGCGAAGGUCGCUGAGGCAGGAACUGCACCAGCUCUGGGUGCCAGAGCCACUCGGACCCUCCCGCCAGGCGACGGCCGCCAAGAUGGGGGCUUGGGCCCUGCUGUGGCCUCCCCUGCUGCUCGCCGGGCUGCUCGGCCAACCCCCGGGGGCCCUGGCCCAGGCCCAGUACUGCUCUGUGAACCAGACCUACUUCGAAGUUGAGGAGAACACAAAUGUCACCGAGCCCCUGGUGGACAUCCACGUCCCAGGGGGCCUGGAGGUGACCCUCGGACCCUCGUCCACCCCCUUCGCGUUUCGGAUCCUUAGAAACCAGCUGUUUCUCAACGUGACUCCCGAUUACGAGGAGAACUCACUGCUUCAGGCUGAGCUGCGGUGCCAGAGGGGAGGCUUGCUGGUGACCCAGACGAGGGUGAUUGUGUCCGUGCUGGACGUCAAUGACAACCCCCCCGAGUUCCCCUUUACGACCAAGGAGAUGAGUGUGGAGGAGGACACUAAAGUGAACUCCAUCGUCAUCCCCGAGACGGAACUGGAGGCCAAGGACCCAGACGCAAAUGACAUCUUGUUCUACACCCUCCAGGAGGAGACCACAGGUGCCAGUGACUACUUCUCCCUGGUGGGUGCAAACCGUCCCGCCCUGAGGCUGGACCGGCCCCUGGACUUCGACAAGCGGCCGAAGAUGGCGUUCCGGCUGCUGGUGCGGGACACCCCGGAGGAGAACGUGGAGCCCAGCCACACGGCCACCGCCACGCUGGUGCUCAAUGUGCUGCCCGCCGACCUGCGGCCCCCCUGGUUCCUGCCCUGCAGCUUUUCAGACGGCUACGUCUGCAUCCAAGCCCAGUACCUCGGGGCUGUCCCUACUGGGCACAUACUGCCAUCCCCCCUUGUCCUGCGUCCUGGACCCAUCUAUGCUGAGGAUGGAGACCGUGGCAUCAAACAACGCAUCAUCUACAGCAUCCAGGCUGGAAACGUGAAUGACACGUUCGUCAUCCACCCAGACUCUGGUAACCUCACCAUGGCCAGGAGUGUCCCCAGCCCCAUGACCUUCCUUCUCCUGGUGAAGGGCCAGCAGGCUGACCUCGCCCGCUACUCAGUGACCCAGGUCACCGUGAGGGCUGUGGCUGCAGCCGGAAGCCCACCCCGCUUCCCCCAGAGCCUGUACCGUGGCACUGUGGCGCUUGGCUCUGCAGCAGGUGUUGUGGUCGAGGACGCAGCUGCCCCCUCUCGGCCUCUGAGGAUCCAGGCUCAGGACCCGGAGUUCCCGGACCUCAACUCGGCUAUCACGUAUCGAAUCACCAACCACUCAGACUUCCGGAUGGAGGGAGAGGUUGUGCUGACCGCCACCACACUGCCAAGGGCGGGGACCUUCUACGCAGAGGUUGAGGCCAACAACACGGUGAGCCUGGGCACUGCGACCACAGUCAUUGAGAUCCAAGUUUCCGAGCAGGAGCCCCCCUCCACAGCACAGACCCCAGACCCAGGAACCUCUCAGCCGAUGACCCCCGGGGUCAGCAGGAGCACUGCGUCCUCAGGGAUGCCGGGUGAUCGACCCUCGGAGGACAAGCGCUUCUCGGUGGUGGACAUGGCAGCCCUGGGUGGGGUGCUGGGCGCGCUGCUGCUGCUGGCUGUCCUCGGCCUCGCCAUCCUAGUCCACAAGCACUAUGGCCCCCGGCUCAAGUGCUGCUCUGGCAAAGACCCGGAGCCUGAGCCCCUCGGCUCUGACAACCCGGCAUUCCAACCUGACCACGAGGCCACCUGGGCACCUGUGCCCAGCCCCACGCACGACCCCAAGCCCUCGGAGACACCGCUGAUCCUCACGGAGCCCACGACCCCCAGCCUCAUGCCGCCCGGCCCCUCGCUCUCCAGCCCCGAGGCCCCUGGCCCCGAGGCCCCCGGCUCUGCCCCAGAGUCCCCGGCAGCGGCCCACAGCGGGGGAAGCCCCGUGGCCAUGAGGUCCAUCCUGACCAAGGAGCGACGGCCAGAGGGCGGCUACAAGGCCGUGUGGUUCGGUGAGGACAUCGGGGCGGAGGCGGACGUGGUUGUUCUCAACGCGCCCACCCCGGACGUGGAUGGCACAGGCGACUCCAGCGGCGGCGAUGAGGACGAGGGCGAGGACGGGGCGUGGGGUGGGGGUCUCCACGAUGCGCCCGAAAACGACUCCACCUACAUCUAACGAGGCCCCUCCCUCCGCCCCAGCCGGGCACUGGAGGUCCCGCUCCCCCCACCCCUGACCCAACGCAGAAUAAAUCGAGGCUCCCGAAACCCAGGUGGCGGCGUGGGGUGGGCACCAGGGUCUGUGGGGGGUGGGGGGCGCCCCACUCGCUAAGGUCCCCCAUGGUCCUCGGUGCUGGAGCCCAGGUGUGCAGAUGGAGGUGGCAAGUCCAACCAGGCUGUCCCCACCCCAAGCGUGCUGCAGCACUUCCCGUAAACCACCUGCUGUUCCUGCGCCCUCCCCAGGCUUGGGCCAGCUGGCCCGGCAAGUUCUUCCCCUGCUCUAACCACAGCCUGAGAUGGGGACACCCGACCGCCCCACACUGGGGACCUCCUCCUCCCGACCCGACACAGAGGCUGCCUGGGGGAGGCUGAAGAGCCAACGCAAACCCUCAAUAAGACGAUGGGCUUGGA